CACGACGUUCGGGGGGAGGGUGCCAAUAAGCACGUACAACGUUGAGCGAGCGAGAGAGAAAAAAAGAAAGCUCGAGACGGAAAGAGUGAAGCGUUCGAGGCUCGUCUACGUCGGAAAAGUAGAAAGCACUUAAAGAAAAUACCCAGAAAGAAGGGAGACAGUCACUUAACAAGCAAAGAUGAAUGUGUUUGACCGAAAUAUCAACUUCGAUGCUUUGAUGAAGUUUUCACAAAUAUCUCGCUCCACCCAGCAACAUCUGAAAAAUGUCUACUCCAGUCUGACAAUCUGCAUGCUGGUAGCGGGAGUUGGAGCCUAUGUGCAUGUUUUCACGAGGUUACUUCAGGGUGGCCUACUCUCCUUUUUAGGCUCAAUAGGCAUGAUGAUUUGGCUGGCAAUGACUCCACACAGUCUUGAAACGGAGAAGAAGAGACUUGCAAUCCUUUGUGGGUUUGCAUUCUUCACAGGUGUUGGUUUGGGCCCAGCUAUGGAUUUUGUCAUCUCUGUUAAUCCAAGCAUAAUUGUGACUGCCUUCCUGGGUACAUCUGUGAUCUUUGCCUGCUUCACCUUGAGUGCCCUUUAUGCUCAGCGCAGAAGUUACCUCUUUCUUGGAGGCACUCUGAUGUCGGGCUUGUCUAUCUUACUGUUGCUGUCCAUGUUCAACAUGUUCUAUGGCUCAGUGAUGCUUUUCAAGGCACACAUGUAUCUUGGACUUCUGGUCAUGUGUGGAUUUGUACUUUUUGACACGCAGCUUAUUAUUGAGAAAGCAGAGAUGGGAGACAAAGAUUAUAUCUGGCAUUGUGUUGACCUCUUCCUGGAUUUCAUCACCAUCUUCAGAAAACUUAUGAUGAUUCUUGCCACAAAUGAGAAGGAUAAGAAGAAAGAGAAGAAAUAAAAGGCAGCUCAACUGUCCUGCAUAGAUGAAUGCAGCAAGGAAUAACAUCCAAAAUGUUGUGGUGCUUUAUAUUUCAUAGCUACAAUAUUCUUUCCCAACUAAAUAUUCAAAAUUUUUUCUUCUUUGUUUGGCUUCAAUGCGGAAUGUAUCUGUAGAUUGUAAUAGUUUGGUGGUCCAGUGGUGGGGAGGCACUUCAAAUAUUUUGAAGGAGUCCCUGUAGAAUUGUAUGGCUAAAUCUGUCUAGCAGGGGAUGCGGUAUGCACACGUGUUAUAUCUCUUGCUUCCCCUCCACCUAAUGUUAACUCCUGGCUUUUUCUUCUGAUCGAUAACUGACGCCCUUUGUCCAUUAUGCACAGCAGUCCACGCUGAGAUGUCGACUCAGACUUGGGGUAAAUUUACUUCUUUAAGAAAAAAAAAAAUGCUACUGAAAACUUUUUUUCUUUUCUAAUUGAUCUGGGUUCUUGCAUUUUGUUUUAUGGUUUGAGAAAUAACCAGCAUUAGCUAUGUGUCUCUGGUUGACACGUUAUACAUAUUUGCCAAUUUAUAUAUAAUAAAAAUACAACAAAGUGGCAGGAGGUGAGGUCAGUAAAAUCUUAAAUUUAGUGGAAAGCCUGCAGCUUUUGUCAGUUUUUUUUGUUGUUUUUUUUUUCCUUCACAGAGGCAGGUGAUCUGCACCGUCUUAAAAACUAUUUGUGAUAUUUAGGACUUUGUACUUGUUUUAAUACUUCAGCUGAGGGUGUUUGUUUCCAAAACUUAUAAAUUCCUUCAACAACAACAUUGGGGUAGUAAUUGCUGUUUAUGCAGGGAAUCGAGCUUUGUGCUUUGAGUGACCCGCCUUUGAGUUCAUAAGUUAAACCAGAGAAGGUUAUGUAGACUCGCUUUACAAAAAUUAAACCAUGCUUAUACCACCGCAAAGAAGCCAAAUAAUGUUAAUUGACUUUUUCUGAAGACGAUUCUGUUUUCCUGAUAAGUGCCAAUAUUAACAAUUUAUGCUGUUGGCCUAUACAGCUUUUUUUUUUUUGGUAGUAGAAAUGCAAUUAAAACGUAAAUCUACAGGUAUUCUUUUGUUUUGGACAGUUUUAUACUAUAGUGUAGUAUUUUGCAAUCCGUUCCUGGGUGAGACCUUCUGGACUGCUGAUCUUCCUUCUGAAUUGUUCACGUUAAAUUGUACCUUUUUAAAUAAA